CGCUCCCAGCCGGAGGUGGCCCAACGGCGACCUCUUCAACCCUCGUCCACUGGCCCGCCCUGGACGAUUGUCGCAUCGCCCCUCCCCGCCCCUGCUGCACCCCCCCAUCUGAGUCGAUCUCCACUAGAUCCUCUCGGCACCCCCCACCCCCACAGGCACCAUGUUCCUUUCCAACCGGCCCACCCCUCCCCCGGCCUUCGCCCCCCAGCUGAACCUCUCCGGCAUGACCUUCAGCCAUGCUUCCCACUCGGCGGCCUUCUCUGCCAACUACUCCAAUACUUCGGACAUGUCGGCCCCCGCCAAGGGCGGCAAGAGCCCCUUCGUGUCGAUUCUGGCCGGUGCCAUCUCCGGCGGUAUCGAGAUCUGCCUCACCUACCCCACCGAGUACGUCAAGACCCAGCUGCAGCUGGGCAACCGCUACUCCGGGCCGAUGGACUGUGUCCGGAGCACCGUGCAGCAGUACGGCGUCGGUGGCCUCUAUCGCGGUCUGUCCUCCCUGCUGGUGGGGUCCAUCCCCAAGGCCGCGGUGCGGUUCCUCGGUUUCGAGGAGUUCAAGAAGCUCCUCAUGGACGAGGACGGCCGCAUGACCCCCGGGCGCAACUUCAUGGCCGGUCUCGGUGCCGGUGUCACUGAGGCCCUGCUGGUUGUGUGCCCGAUGGAGACCAUCAAGGUCCGCCUGAUCCACGACCAGACCCAGCCCAACCCCCAGUACCGCGGCCUGGCGCACGCCACCCGGUCCAUCGUCGCGGCCGAGGGCCUGGCCGGCAUUUACCGCGGCCUGGCCCCGACCAUCGUCAAGCAGGGCUCCAACCAGGCCAUCCGCUUCCUGGUGUACAACGAGAUGAAGAAGCUCCUGUCCACCGGCGACCCGGAUGCCGUGCAGCCGGUCCAUGUGUCCAUGAUCUCCGGUGCCGUGGCCGGUGGUAUGUCCGUGCUCGGUAACAACCCCAUCGACGCGGUCAAGAGCCGCAUGCAGGGCAUCGGUGCCAAGGACCUGUACAAGAACUCCUGGGACUGCGCCAAGCACAUUUACCGCGAGGCCGGUGUGCGUGGCUUCUACAAGGGCUGCACCCCGCGUAUGGCCCGUGUCGUCGGUGAUGUGGCCAUCGUCAUGACCCUCUACGAGCAGAUUGCUGCCCAGCUGGAGAAGGUCUUCUAAGAGGCUCGCGCGCGUCCCUGCUUGCCCCCCCCCUCUCCCCCUCUGUGUGCACCUCCCCCCCCCCCACCAUCCCCUCCCAG